CAUUGAAUGAUAUCUCUCUAGUCUUACAUGCUCUAAGAUUUUUAUAUUUGUAAGGUUAUGUUUUGUGUUGAUUUUUGGUUUAUAAAACGAAAAUAAAAAUAAAACUACACCGAGAAAUUAAUUGAAAUAAACAGAAGUCAGAAUGGCCGAUUUAAAAAUUGAGGAUAUGGAUCUGUAUGAAAUCCUAAAUAUAGACAUAAACAGCUCAGCUACAGAGAUAAAAAAAGCUUACAGGAAGCAAGCCUUACAAUGCCAUCCAGAUAAAAAUCCAGACGAUCCAAAUGCUGCCAAAAAGUUUCAUGAAUUAUCAAAAAUUUUAGAAAUAUUAACAGAUACAUCAGCUAAAGCAGCUUAUGAUAGAGUGUUAAAAGCGAAAAAAGAAGCUGCUUUGAGACACAAAGAAUUAGAUAGCAAACGUAGAAAACUUAAAGAAGAUUUAGAAUUUAGAGAGAAACAAGCUCAAGGAUCAGCUGGACACAAAACAGCAGAUCAGAUUUUAAAAGAAGAAAUUGAAAGGUUGAGAAAAGAAGGAUCAAAACAAGUAGAGGAAGAAAUUGAAAUAGUGAAAAGGGAGUUGAAAAAAGAGCAGAACAAGAAUACAGAGUAUUGGGACGGAUCAAAACACAGAAUAAAAAUAAAAUGGACAGCUGAUAAAAACGAUUCUACAAAUGGAGGAUAUACUCAGGAAAUGUUACAGAGAUUCUUAUCAAAAUAUGGAGAUAUACAAGCUUUAGUAAUGUCACCAAAGAAAAAUGGAAGUGCUCUAGUAGAAUUUACAGAGAAAAAAGCUGCAGAAAUGGCUGUAGAUUUUGAAGUUGGCUUAUCAGCAAAUCCUUUAAAACUGGAAUGGAUAAAUGGACCACCUCAAAAAAACCAUGGCAGAAGUUCCCUAAUUAAAGAUUCCGAUUUUGAAAGUGUCACAUUAACAAAAUUAAGACAAGCUGAAGAGAGAAAAAGGUUAAUUGCUCAAAUGAUGGCAGAAGAUGAAGAAACUUGAAAAAAAUUAAUAGCAAUGGAAAGACAUCCCAUACAAUAGUUGUAGAAUUUUUCAAUGUGUUGUAUGUACAUAAUAAUUAAAGUAUUAUUUUAAUUUAUAGUGAAAAAGA